UUACGCAGCAAGACAUCCAACUGAUCAUUUCCCUGGCGUCGACUGCACGGAACAGGGCGCGGUGCACACACGGCGCACUUUAGAAAAUUCCGCUCCCACUUCCACCGCUUUACGCUCUGGUUGACUAUCAGAUUGAAAUCUCGCAGAGCUCCGUCUCGCCCCAUCUUCUUCAUCGACCCGACCCGACCCGACCUUCAUCACAACGCCGCCAUGAUUACCACGCAGAGAAGCAUAUCGGGGCCGUCGCAGAGCCCUAGAUCUCCGUCGUCGCAGCCGUACCUCUCAGUCUCAGUGACUGAUCCUGUGAAAUUGGGAAAUGGCGUCCAGGCAUACAUCUCCUACCGAGUGAUCACCAAGACAAAUUUUCCUGAAUACCAAGGGCCGGAGAAGAUUGUUAUUCGACGUUACAGUGAUUUUGUUUGGCUACGGGAUCGUCUCUUUGAAAAGUAUAAAGGAAUUUUUAUUCCACCUCUUCCAGAAAAGAGUGCUGUAGAAAAGUUCCGUUUCAGUGCUGAAUUUAUUGAGAUGAGGCGUCAAGCAUUGGAUGUAUUUGUUAAUCGGAUAGCUUCACAUCAUGAACUUCAGCAAAGUGAGGAUCUGAGAACCUUCUUACAAGCAGAUGAAGAGACAAUGGAAAGGUUAAGGUUUCACGAGACUGGUAUCUUUAAGAAGAAGCCAGCAGAUUUGAUGCAAAUCUUCAAGGAUGUACAAUCUAAAGUGAGCGAUGUUGUUCUCGGAAAGGAAAAGCCGGUGGAAGAGUCAAAUCCUGAAUAUGAGAAGUUGAAACACUACAUCUUUGAGCUUGAAAACCACUUGGCUGAAGCCCAGAAGCAUGCAUACCGUCUUGUCAAGAGGCACAGAGAGCUGGGACAGUCUCUAGCAGAUUUUGGGAAAGCAGCCAAGCUCCUAGGAGCUUCCGAAGGUAAUGCUCUUGGAAAGGCCUUUACCGAGCUUGGGGCGAAGUCAGAGACAUUAUCAAUUAGGCUGCAAAAGGAGGCCCAACAACUGUUAAUGAAUUUUGAAGAACCGUUGAAAGAUUAUGUCCGUGCCGUGCAAUCUAUUAAGGCGACAAUAGCUGAGAGAGCAAAUGCCUUCAGGCAACAGUGUGAACUUGCCGAAACAAUUAAGUUGAAGGAGAUAAAUCUUGACAAACUCAUGUUGACCAGAUCGGACAGGGUGGGCGAAGCUGAGCACGAGUACAAGGAGUUGAAGGCUGAGGGUGAGGAAGCAACCAGAAGAUUUGAAACGAUAGUGCGACGGAUGAAUGAAGAGAUAGUUCACUUUCAAGAACAAAAAACAACGGACAUGGGGGUUGCUUUCCAUGAGUUUGCCAAGGGACAGGCACGCCUGGCAAAAAGUAUUGCAGACGCUUGGCGAAGUCUCCUCCCUAAGCUCGAAUCUUGCUCCCCGGCUUAGUUGAGUGAAUAUAAACUGGAGCAGUAUACUUCACUUGGUUCGUAUAGACGGUAGGGCGGCUCUCUCUUUGUAAAAACUUUCGAUCUUCAGGAGUUUCUUCUGUUAUUCCGGUGUUGUACUUCUUGUGGAUUAUUAUCUGUUUUUUUUUUUUUAACUUUUUCACUUACCGCCUGUACAAAUUGAGAACUAAUUGAAAAGAUUUGUUGCUUGCACUGGUACUUACAGGGCAAGUCACACAUUUUGA